CCCGCCCGCUGCAGGUGGCAGAACCGGCUGGACUUGCUCCACUGGCGGAGCCCCGGAGCUCGGAACCCUACGGUGGCUAGCGGCGCCAUGGAGGCGGACGCGGACCCCGAGGAACUGGCGCGGCUGCGCUCGAUCUUCGUUACCUAUGACACGAACUGUUCGGGGCGCCUGGAGCGUGCUGAAUUCGGCGCGCUAUGCGCGGAACUGCACGUGGCCGAGGCCGAAGCAGAGGCAGUGUUCCUGGGGCUCGACACCGACCGCGAUGGCGCCAUCACCUUCCCGGAGUUCGCGCGCGGCUUUCGCGGAGCGUUGGGCAGGGACAGCGCGGAAACCCAGGGCGCCUGGGACACGGCAGAGCCGGAGAGCCCGGGCCCGGCUUGGCGGGACUUCCAUGCGCGCCUCGGGGACGAGGCCCAGCUCAUUCCAAGAAAAGAACAAGUUAGUAUCCUGUACCAUAACAUCACCCUUGUGGAGCCAAGACUAAUCCAGCCCUAUGAACAUGUGAUAAGGAACUUUCUCCGUGAGAUCAAACUCCAGAGCACAGAAAUGGAAAACUUGGCCAUUGCAGUGAAGAGAGCCCAGGACAAGGCAGCCAUUCAGCUGAGUGAGUUGGAAGAGGAAAUGGACCAGCGGAUUCAUGCAGUGGAAAAUGAGACCCGGAAAGAUGAAAAGCGUAAAGCUGAGGAAGCCCUUAGUGACCUUAGGCGUCAGUAUGAAACAGAAGUAGGAGACCUACAGGUGACCAUUAAAAGGUUAAAAAAGCUCGAAGAACAAUCAAGACACAUAAGUCAAAAGCAAGAUGUGACAGCAUUAAAGAAACAAAUUCAUGAUUUAACAAUGGAAAAUCAAAAACUCCAGAAAGAUCUUUUGGAAGCACAAACAAAUGUAGCCUUUCUUCAAAGUGAACUAGAUGCUUUGAAAAGUGAUUAUGCGGACCAGAGUCUGAGUUCUGAACGGGAUCUGGAAAUAAUCCGAGAGUACACAGAAGAUCGCAGUAGUCUUGAGAGGCAAAUUGAAAUCCUCCAAACAGCUAACCGGAAAUUACAUGACAGUAAUGAUGGCCUCAGGAGUGCCCUGGAGAAUACCUACAGCAAGCUCAACAGAUCCUUGCGUAUAAAUAACAUAUCACCAGGAAAUACAAUUUCUAGAAGCAGUCCCAAAUUUCAUCACCAUUCUUCUCAACCACUGGCCUAUGAUAGGCCAUUCCAUUCUUCAUAUGCUGAUGAGGAUUGUGAUUCUUUGGCUCUCUGUGAUCCUCUGCAGAAGAUGAGUUAUGAAGUUGACAGCCUGCCUGAGAGCUGCUUUGACAGUGGCUUGUCUACUCUGAGGGACUCCAAUGAAUGCGACUCUGAGGUGGACUACAAGCACCAGGGAGGAUUUCAGAGUUUGCAUGGAACACAGGAGAGCCUUCGGGGAGACGCAUCGGACACAGAUGUUCCUGAUAUAAGGGAUGAAGAAGAAUUUGAUUCUGAAAGUGUGGCUUCUGUCUUACACUGGAAACCACGAGGAUCUGUUGGUGAGAGCAGCACUGUUAGUUCCUCCAGAAAGCCCAUCUCAGCUCUUUCACCUCAAAUGGACAUGGUGGAUAACAACUCCAAACCCACAUCUCAGAAGGCUUACAAGAUUGUGCUUGCCGGGGAUGCUGCAGUGGGAAAGUCCAGCUUCCUCAUGAGACUCUGCAAGAAUGAAUUUCAGGGGAACACAAGUGCAACCCUAGGAGUUGAUUUCCAAAUGAAAACUCUGAUUGUAGAUGGAGAACAAACAAUUCUGCAACUCUGGGAUACAGCUGGACAAGAGAGAUUCAGAAGUAUCGCCAAGUCUUACUUCAGAAAAGCAGAUGGUGUCUUACUGCUGUAUGAUGUCACUUGUGAGAAAAGCUUUCUUAAUGUCCGAGAAUGGGUGGAUAUGGUUGAGGAUGGAACCCACCGAACUGUUCCUAUCAUGUUGGUAGGAAACAAGGCUGAUCUCCGUGACGUUGCUACUGCAGAGAAACAAACAUGUAUAUCAGCAUAUAUUGGAGAAAAACUGGCCAUGACCUAUGGGGCAUUAUUCUGUGAAACAAGUGCCAAAGACGGUUCCAAUGUGGUGGAAGCUGUUCUCCACCUUGCCCGGGAAGUGAAAAAAAGGACAGAGGACGAUGACAGCAGAUCCAUCACUAGUCUAGUUGGGUCCACUUCUAGAAAGUCACUGCAAAUGAAGAGCUGUUGCAAUGGCUAAAUCCCAGCUGUCCUCAGUUCCUAAAGUUCUGGUUUCAAGAUUACUGACUGUGGGACACUGGUACAUGGAGUGGUACGUCAUAAGACACCGAGCUAUGAAGAAUCACAGCCUGGCUAACUGCGCUCCUCUUGACUGUUCUCAGGGC